CGGGGGAUGUCCUCGAGGACAGUUUAUUAGUUUAUUCCUCGUCACCUGUGUGACGUCACUAAAUGUCUUCAAGAAGCGCCUUCACCUGCACAGGUGGGCUCGAGUCCUCUGCUAUCACGUGACGUGCGUGCGCGUGUCAGUGUGGUUUCUGGCGGCGUGCGGUGUUGUGAGGAGACUCAGGUAAGGCGGAAGUAAAGAGAAAAGAGAAAGGCUCGCGCAGCUCACCGGUCCGCAGGUGUCCAACCAGCAAAAGAAGGAAAAUGAGCAACCCGAUACCCUCCAACUUGAAGUCCGAGGCGAAGAAAGCCGCCAAGAUCCUGAGAGACUUCACCGAAAUCUCCAGCAGGAACGGAGCGGACAAACUCAUCCCCGCUCAUGUCAUCGCCAAGGCCCAGGGGCUGGCCAUCAUCUCCGUCGUCAAGGCCGGCUUCAUGAUCACCGCCAGAGGAGGCAGCGGCAUCGUCAUCGCCAGACUGGCCGACAGACGCUGGUCGGCGCCGUCGGCCAUCGGCAUCGCCGGCCUGGGAGGAGGCUUCGAGAUCGGGGUGGAGGUGUCCGACCUGGUGAUCAUCCUGAACCACCGGAGGGCCGUCGAGGCCUUCACAAAGGGCGGGAACCUGACGCUGGGCGGGAACUGCACCGUCGCUGUGGGACCCCGGGGCCGGAACUUGGAGGCUGACGUAGCGAUUCGCAGCACGACGGCGGUCUUCACCUACUGUAGGUCCAGAGGUUUGUUUGCUGGUAUUUCUCUGGAGGGAUCUGGUCUCAUCGAACGCAAAGAAACCAACCGCAAGUUCUACAUGCGAGAAAUCCGUGCAUCGGCCAUUCUGAACGGAGAUGUGGAGCCGCCGCCAGAAUGCUACGACCUCUACCACAUCCUGGACGUCUACACCGAGGCCUACACCACCGACUGGACCAGCAAGAACAUGAGUAGGAAGUCGGCUCCAUCCAGGCCUCCAGCUCCGGUGCAGAGACCGACAAGCACUUACCAGCAACGGCCAGCUCCUUACCAGCAACCGCCAGCUCCUUACCAGCAACCACCAGAUUCUUACCAGCAGCAGACAACCAGUUACCAGUACCAGACAAACACUUCCCAGUACCAGACGACCAGUUACCAGUACCAGACGACCAGUUCCCAGCAGCCUCCAGCCAGCGCGCCUCAGACCAGCCUCUACCCGAGCGUCUCCGUCUAUAAAUCUGAGACUUCUGAUCGAGCAAAAUCAGGGGGCGGGGCCAGAGGGCAGCUCGUCGUCACGGCGACGCACCUGUUCGCGGGCGAGCAGCCCGGCGACCUGAGCUUCGCGGCCGGCGACCGCAUCACCGUCAUCACCAAGACGGACUCCGAGUACGACUGGUGGGAGGGGCAGCUGGCGGACGGCAGCGUCGGCAUCUUCCCCGCCAACUUCGUCGCGCUCUGACGGCCCCUGGUGGUCAGACGGGGAACUGCAGGAGGACGAGUGUCUUAGGGCGGGGUAACUCGUUACGGCGACACGCGAAUGGAAGGUUGUGGAAGGUUAUGGAAGGUUGUGGAAGGACUUUCAGGAUCCAUUGGCGCAUCAGUUUUAAUUUAAAGUGAACACAGCCGACAUGUUUCCGCGUGGCGAGGAGCCGGCCCUGUUGGUGGUUCCUCCGUCUCUGGGAUACUUUAAUGUUUCCUGAAUGAAUUAUUCUCAUGAUCAGAGGGUUGUUCAGUCAUGAAGAUAACGCUCAAGUUAAAUAUAGAUGUGCUAUUAAUUCAUUAAAUGUACCUUAACGCUGCAGGAAACUGAUGUCUGGAUCGUAAAGCGUUUGUUUGUUACUUGUAAACAUCUUUAGGACUAGUUGUUGUUGUUUCUGUAAGAAGUAAACAAGCUUUAGAGGCAGAACACAAGAAUAGAACAACAGUUAAAUCACAAUUUAAUGAUCAAGAACACAAUUCAUUCACAUGAAUAAAACCAACUCAUUGCAUUAUUUAAAUGUUCCUGAUAAAAAACAGAAUUUAGACUUAAAGUUAUUAGGAUGAAUACGUAUUGAUAAUUGUUUUAUCUGUAGUUUAACUGGCGCACUUUACAGGUGAUGUUUGUUUAGUAUGAAACGCUCACUUCCUGUCCCCUUCAAACUAAAACAACACAAAGAUUUAAGAUACUUUUCAAACUGAUUUAUUUAUUGUCACUUUUAAAUGAAUAUUAUUAACUUCCAGGUGUUCUUCACACAGUAUUUAAGAGCUCCAUUCAUGGGAUCUGUUACACAUGUUAUAUAUAUAUAUGGUAUUUUAAUAUUGAUAAUGAAGGUGAAAAUUCUGUCAGUUUAAUGAAAGAAAGGUGUGUUUUUAUACAUUAUGUUUAAUCUUAAAUAAAUCUGCAUUACUGA